AUGGCAUCGGAGGGUGAGCUGGGCAGGAAGUGGGACCGGCGUCUGGCGGGCUCUGCCAUCAAGCUGGGUGAUGAAUUUGGAUUAGGAAUUGUUUUCUUGGUCAUCUUCUUCAAAAGAAAGACAUGGCCUAUUGCUUUUGGGUCAGGGAUGGGGUUAGCAAUGGCUUAUUCCAAUUGCCAACAUGACUUCCAGUCUCCAUAUCUUCUCCAAGGGAAAUUUGUAAAAGUGUCUGAAGUGUCUCAAGAUUUUGCAUUUAUAUGUAAAUUAAUUAGCCAAAUGGUGUCAGCAUUUGUUCAUUAA